GGCAGGGCUGGGAUUUUCGGGUUAAAUAUUCAAAAUGGCGGACGGAGGAGCAGCGAGUCAAGAUGAGAAUUCGGGAGCAGAUGCAAAAGUGAAUAAUCAGUCGGAAACUACUAAAUGUGCAAUGGAAAGUGGUGACAGGAACACUGGGAUCCAAAUCAAUGGAUUGGACUUUCAGAGGCCCACCGUGCCAACCACAAGUGCAAUCACCAGUGCACACGCACAAGCCCUCCUCCAACAGUCAAAGUCUGAAGACUCUGGAAGUGCUCUUUCCACCUCCGUCCAGCAGAGCGUGUUGCCUCAAACCCAGCUCAUGUUGGCUGGGGGACAGAUUGCAGGACUGACUCUGACCCCGGCCCAGCAGCAACUGUUGCUCCACCAGGCCCAGGCUCAGCUCCUGGCUGCAGCCGUGCAGCAUUCAGCCAACCAGCAGAACGGCACCACUGGGGCCAGCAUCUCUGCCUCCGCAGCCACGCCCAUUACCCAGCUACCCCUGUCGCAGCCCAUUCAGAUCUCUCCUCUACAGCAGCAGAAUUUAAGUCUGCCCCAGUUUGUGCUCGUGCAGCCCGGCCACCCGAUUGCCACACCGCUGCAGCCCGCUCAGUUCAUCAUCUCGCAGACACCGCAUGCCCAACAGAGCAUAUUGCAAGCGCAGAGUCUUCUCACUCAACUACCUCAAAGCCAAGCUAACCCCCUCCCAACGCAACCGAGCAUCACCCUUGCAACACAGCCUGUAACUCCUACCCGCACCACGGCAGCCACACCCAUUCAGUCGCUGCCCCACAGUCAGACGCCGCCCAAACUGUUGGAUACGCCCACUCUGGAGGAGCCAAGCGAUCUGGAGGAACUGGAGCAGUUUGCCAAAACUUUCAAACAGAGGCGGAUCAAACUGGGCUUUACACAGGGGGAUGUUGGCCUGGCUAUGGGCAAGCUGUAUGGAAACGACUUCAGUCAAACAACUAUCUCUCGCUUCGAGGCCUUGAACCUGAGCUUUAAGAACAUGUGCAAACUCAAACCAUUGCUGGAGAAGUGGCUUAAUGAUGCAGUUUGUGCAGAAAACCUGACUUCUGACCAGGGGCUGUCCACCCCCAGUGCCCUCGGCUCUCCAGGCAUGGGCAUUGAGGGGAUCAACCGCAGGCGGAAGAAGAGGACUAGUAUUGAGACCAACAUCCGCGUGGCCUUAGAAAAGAGCUUUCUGGAGCAGAACCAAAAACCUACCUCUGAAGAGAUCACUAUGAUCGCUGACCAGCUCAAUAUGGAGAAGGAGGUGAUCCGGGUCUGGUUCUGCAAUCGUCGGCAGAAAGAGAAGAGGAUAAACCCCCCGAGCACAGGCAGCGUAGGCGGCACUCCCAUCAAAACUAUCUUUACACCCGGUAGUCCUUUGGUGGCCAGCACAGCAAGCCUGGUGAACAGUCCAACUAUAAACACGCCGACCACGCUGACUGUAAAUCCAGUGAUGCCUCUCACCAGCACCAGUGUCUCCAGUUUAUCCUUCACAGGCACAACAGUAGGAGCUACAAACACAGCAUCGGUCAUCUCCACCACACCCGUAAUCACCACGGUAACCAGCUCUCCAUCUCUAAGCCCGUCCCCGACGUCCGUUCAGUCCAGCACCGCGGAGAAUAAAGUCAGUACUCAGGCGCAGACCAUCGUCACCCAGGCCCCGACAUCCAUAGGCACCACCCUCGGGACGGGCCAGCUGAUGGUGGCCGCGCCGAGUCUGUCCACAGCGUUUCAGGGGGCUGCCCAGUUGCCCACCAGCGCGAGCUUUGCGGCCAUGGCUGCUGCGGCAGGGCUGAAUCCAGGAUUAAUGGCCUCCUCCCCCUUUGCUCCAGGUGGGGCGCUGCUGAAUCUGACUCCCGGUGGCCUCAUGAACAACAGUACGCUAGCCACCAUCCAAGCCCUGGCAUCAAGCGGCACAAUCCCGAUAACGGCACUGGACGGCAGCAGCCUGCUGUUCGCCAACGCAUCUAGCGGCAGUGCGCCCAACCUGGUGACCACGCCGCUCUUUCUCAACCCCCAGAACCUGUCUCUGCUCACCAGCAACCCCGUCAGCCUGGUGUCGGCCGGGGCGGGCGGGCUGCACUUCACCACCGACGCCCACCACCAAGUCUCCACGGCCACCGUGCCUGUGCAAGCCACGACCAUUACCGCUGCCUCCAAGGCGCAGUGAGUCUGGCUGCAUCCGGAAUGAAUGCCCUGUUUCUUGAGCUGUGCACUGGUCUCCUCACACACAACGCAGGAAAUAGGCAAGGUCAUUUGAGUUUCGCCUCUGCGCUUCACUAACAAACACACAUCCGCUCCAUUUUAUCUAUUAUUAUUUAAUUCCUUUUGCUUUCACCAAAAAAAAAAAAAAAAAAACAAGGGUUGUGCUUCACCUUUUUGUUUCUGGGUUCUCCUUGCUUUCUCUUUAUGAUCCUUGGAUAUUUUUUCUCGAACAGUAGCCAAAUGGAGACUGUCGUUCUUUGAACCAGGAAGAAAACCUCCCCAUACCAUCAAGCUCAUCACAUUUUGUACAUACGUCCUUCCAUUUCACACAAUCUCACUUAUCUUUUCUGAACGACUUCAAAAGAAAAUUUGGGGGAUUUUACUAUAUACUUAAUACUAACCUCAUAUUACACAUCACUAACUGGGGUCACCUUUACUUUUGUUUUUGGUGGGGGGGGGGGGGACAAGCCUUGACAUGAAUCAUAUCAGUUUUAAGCAUUUUUCUUAAUGUAGUUUUUUUCAAUUAUAAUAAGUUAAGACUUCAAUGUCUCUUUAAAAAUGUGGUUGUAAGGCUUUAAAAACAAGUAAUAACUGGCCGAUGUAAAGGUUAUCAUUGCUUUAACGAGCGCAGGGACCCGUUGAGUCUCUGCAAGUUUCUCUUUCUGAAAACAGUCUUUUUACAGCCUCCAAGCUUGUUUAAAAUGGUGCGGGUUGUAGACAGUGAUGGAAAAUGACUGAAAACUUUUAACAGCUUUAAAAACACGUGGAGUGAAACUGACUAAAUACGGAGGGCAUACGUCUGCGUGUGUUGUGUAAAGCUCAGUGACGCUGAGCCUUAACUAACCAAAUGAUCCACAAGGCUCAGCGGUCUGGGCUAAGAUCACCUAUCAGGGGGUGUGAUCGUCACACUAAAUGUAUGGUGAUGUUAGCUAAAUUGUUUUUUUUCGAUCUUUUUCUAUGUAAUGGUAGUACCGUCGUAUCUACUUGUGCACAGUAUCUGUACCAAAAAACUGGAUUGAGCUGUUGUGGGAGAAAUGACCUUUGCUUUUCCCUUUUGUCUGCAGUCGUUUGAGUGACUGCGUACUUUAAGAUAUACCAAAAAUAUUUGUUAAAGUAAUUGUAGUCGGUGUAGUCUAGUCGAUAUAUUUAUGAACAGAAUUUCUCCUCAUUUUGUCAGCAGAAUAUAGAAAUGCAAUAGUUCGAUCAUUUCCAAAGAUUUUGUAUUUUUUUUUGGCGGGGGAAAGUCUUUCAUGGAUUAUAAUUGGCAGCACAAUUGACCAAUAAUGAGGGAAGGGCUGUGUUGAAACAUGACAAACUCGUUUCCUAUUUUUAUUUCGCUGGGCCUCGCCCUAACGUUUGCUCGCAGAGCUAUUUGAUGGCUUCUAUUUUAACCAUUUUAGUAACAGCGUUUGGGUGUCUAUGAAGCAGGAAAAACUCCAUUGGGGGGAUGGGAGGGGGGGUGUACCAAUAUGUCAGCCAUAAUGCAACAGCUUGAACCAAAGUGGUUUUCUUCAGUAACGGCCGUGCUUGUCUGAGCACUGCACUUACUGUUCACAAAUGCUUUUCUUGAUCUGGUGCGGUUGGAGAUGGACGGAUGGAGUGCUAGCUUUAACAGCCUGCGCCUAUGGUUUUUCUUUAUAGCUUCAUUAGCACAUCCUGUGAAGAGCAGGUCUUUUGGCUCUGGAGUUUGGAAUGCUCCACUACGUCAACACUAGGGAUGCGCAGUGGAAUCAAUUAAGAAUUUGGUGAUUAAUCGUGGCUUGAAGCAAUUGAAAUUGAAUGGACGACUGGUUGAUUGAGUCUUAACUAGUUUGUUUAAAGAAGACCUGACAUCAGCUGAGGCCUGACAAGGAUUUUUCAAAUCGUUAAAGAUUAUCAGUUACAAAAAAAUCCGGCAAUCAUGGCAUAAUCAGUUAAUUGAAGAAUCUGGUUUGUUUGCUGAUUAAUCGUGGUUUGAAGCAAGAUGUACCUAUGUGGACUGCCACAAGGCUCUGAUCAAGGUCCACUCUCCUCAUUUUGUCACGUUGUAACAAUUUGAAGGGGGGAAAAAAAAGAUAAAUACUUCAAGCAAAUUUUAGUCAAAUGCCCAUCUGUAGUAAACACAUACUGUAGAUCCGAUCAUUGCUACCAUUUGAACCAGCAUGUUAGCAUUGCUGCGCCCCAAAGCUUUCCUAAAGACUGGCUCGUCCUCUAUUAGUCACUGCAGCUUUUGGCCUGAGUACUGUUAUGUGCCACACAUUCAGCUAAACCCCACACAAAUGGCAUCACUGUUCUGCUGCUUCUGACUAACAAAAUAGCAGUGAUGAGGAAGUCAGAUUGUAGGCAGCGAGUUAUCCCUUUUGUACUUUUCUGUCGUUGACUAAUUUUGACUGAAUAUACCUCAGCAGCACUUAAACAUAAGGUUCACCUUUUUAGAUAUUUCUGUGUAUAGAACAGUGUGGAAUGUAUAAGUAAGGACUGGCUCGCCAUUCACACUAUCCUGCUACAUCGGAACCAUACAUAAUAGGACAACUACUGCUUUUUCUAGUACUACUAUUUAAUUUUUCUCUUCGACGGUUUGAUGGUGAUUGACGAAGAGCUCAUUCUUGCCAAAGUAAUAGCCUUUCUCUUUACAGCUCAGCUGGCGUAUGGCUACUCGUGUCUUUGAGUCCGUCGCGCACUGAUAGAAGCCAGUUCGAUUCCAGUCGUUUGUACUCACGCGACCGAGUCGAGCACAUUUGCGACACGAACCGGACGCCAUCAGCGCCACAGGAUUUUACUGAUAUAUUUAUCUGAGGAAAGACCUAAUAAUGAGAGAAAUGUUUUCUUAAUUCUAUACAUAUAAAUAUAUAUAUAUAAACACGUGUAAGAUAUUCCUAUUUUAUAUUUGAAGCAUUAUGUUACUAAGACUGAAUGUAGUGUUUAUGACCCCGAAGAAAUUCCUAAUUAAUUCUUCCUUUUAAAAAAAUUCUUCCUUUAAAAAAAAUAAAAAUAAAAAAAUGUCAAGACCAAAAAAUAAAAAAACGCUGCGAUGGGUGUGUCAGUGAAUGACAUGCAUCUGUCCGCCGGCAGAUGCGGCGGUCUGACGCAAAGAUCCUCCAGUUGUUAGAGGGGGGAGACUGAUGUCUUUUUUUUAUUUUUAUUUUUUUUUAAAAUUUAUAUAUUGUUUUAAUUUAAGUCAUUUUGGACUUGAUUUGCUGUGCUGUCUUUAACAAUCAUUUGUUUUUUUAUUUUUAUUACUUUAUGCCUUUAACUGAUUUGUAUAAUAUGAGAGGGCACGAUCACUGGCUUUCUUGGUUUGACGAAGACGAUAAAUGUUAUCAUUUAUGCCUUAUUGUUACGUAGAUGAAAUGAUUGCAUUGUAGCAUGUGUGAAUGUGUCUGUUUUAGCUUAGUGUUGCCACGUGCAUUGUCACUGACAAAAUAGUGUACUUAGGGCAUUUUGAGUGUGAGACGCUCACAUUAUUUUAGGUGUGAUUCAGACAAUGCCUGAAAGAAAAGCUUUACUAAUAAUUCCAACAGGUCUGUGUAUGUGGAUGACUGAGCAUUGAAGAGCCUAGAAACACAGUCUGCAAACCAUUAUUGUGCGUUUUUCCCCAACUGACUGCAAAAAUUGGGUAUGGACUAGGGAUGGGCAUAAUUGUUUAAUCAACAAAUUUGGUUAAAUGUUUGGAAUUGAUUGUUGAGUCCUAUUUUCAACUAUGUCUUAAAGCAAUUGGGGCAAAAUAAAGUGGACUUCUUUGCUGCAACCUGCAGAGGUGUGCCAUUUAGUUCAGUCGAGGUAGUGCCUACAAGCAGAAAUAUAUAAUAUAUAUUUCAAAAGAAUGGGAAAAUCUGUGUGUGUGUAUCUGUGUAUAUAUGUAUGUACAUGUACAGUGCCACCAGAAAGUAUUCUCACCACUUCGUUUUCCACAUUUUGCUUAUUUUAAAGCUGAUUUAAGUAUAGUUUUCUCUCUUUAAAAACUAUCUUUAAGUAUAGUUUUCUCUCUUUAAAAACUAUCUACAUAAAAUAUCCCAUAAUGUCAAACUACAAACAUUUUCAGACAUUUGUGUAAAUUUAUAAAAAAUGUAAACAUUCAAACAUAAUAGGUACAUAAGUAUUCAUACCUUUUGCUAUGACACUCAAACUUAAGCUCAGGUCCAUCUGGUUUCAACUGAUCAUCCUUGAGAUGCUUCUACAACUUAAAUGGAGUCGACCUGUGCUAAGUUCUAGAACCAUCCAGAAGGUCAAACAUUGCUAACGCACUCCACCAAUUAGGCCUUUAUGGUAGAGCGGCUUGACAGAAGCCACUUCUCACUAUAAGGCACAUGGCAGCCUGCUUGGAGUUUGCCAAAAGGCACCUUAAGGAUUCUCAGACCUGCAGAAACUAAAUACUCUUGUCUGAUGAAACCAAAUAUAACUUUUUAGCCUGAAUUACAAGUGUCAUAUCUGGAAAAGAAGAGGCCCUGCUCAUCACCUGCCUAAGACUAUCCCUACUGAGAAGCAGGGUGGUGGCAGCAUCAUGCUGUGGGACUGUUUUUCUGCUGCAGGAACUGGGCGACUAGUCUGCAUUGGGGGUAAGAUGACAGCUGCCAAAUAUAGAGAAAUUCUUCAAGAGAACUUGCUCCAGAGUGGUCUGGAACUCAGACUAGGGCGUCGAUUCACCAUCCAACACGGUAAUGACCCAAAGCACUCAGCCAAGAAAACAAAGGAGUGGCUUCAGGAGCAGCCUGUGAAUGUCCUCGAGUGGGCCAGCCAGAAUCCAACGAAACAUCUCUGGAAAGACCUAAAAAGGGCUGUCCACCGGCGCUGCCCAUCCAACCUGACUUGAGAGGAUCUGCAGAGAAAAAUGCUCCAAAACAGGUGUGCCAAGCUCGUAGAGAAAUGCCCAAGAAGACUGAGGCUGUGAUUCCUGCCAAAGGUGCUGCAACAAAAUAGUAAGCCAAGGAAGUGAAUACUUAUGUACAGUACCUAUUGUGUUUAAAUGUUUACAUUUUCAAAUAAUUCUCACAACUCUCUAAAAGUGUUUUUACUUUGUCAUUAUGGGAUAUUUUAUGUAGAUUUUUUAAACUAUGCUCAAAUCAGCUUUAGCACAAGUCUAACAGCAAAAUGUGGAAAAGGUGAAGGGGUGUCAAUACUUUCUGGUGGCACUGUGUGUGUGUGUAUGUGUGUGUAUAUAUAUACAUAGACAUACAGUGGGUACGGAAAGACCCUAAAUUUUUCACUUUGUUAUAUUGCAGCCAUUUCCUAAAAUCAUUUAAAUUCAUUAUUUUUUCAUCAUUAAUGGACACAGCACCCCAUAGUGACAGAAAAAAAAUUUUAUUGAAUUUUUUUCAGAUUUAUUAAAGAAAAAUUAAAAAAUCACACAGCCAUAAGUAUUCAGUCCUUUUGCUGUGACACUCAUAUAUUGAACUCGGGUGCUGUCCAUUUCUUCUGAUCAUCCUUGAGAUGGUUCUACACCUUCAUUGGAGUCCAGCUGUGUUUAAUUAUAUUGAUUGGACUUGAUUAGGAAAACCAUACACUUGUCUAUAUAAGACCUUACAGAUCACAGUGCAUGUCAGAGCAAAUGAGAAUCAUGAGGUCAAAGGAAAAUGCCUGAAGAGCUCAGACACAGAAUUGUGACAAGGCACAGAUUUGGGGUUAGGGUUAGUGAAUGAACUUAAAUCAUUUGAAUGAUAGAAUGAACUUAAAUGAUUUUAGCAAACGGCUGCAAUAUAAAAGUGAAAAAUUUAAGGGGAUCUGAAUACCUUCUGUACCCACUGUGUGUGUAUAUAUUGUGUGCGUGUGUACAGUUCUCUCAAAAAGUAUUGGAACGGCAAGGUCCAUUCCUUUGUUUUUCUUGUAUACUGAAGACAUUUGGGUUUCAGAUCAAAAGAUGAAUAUGAGACAAAGGUUCAGAAUUCCAGCUUUUAUUUUGUGGUAUUUACAUCUAAAUGUGUUAAACAGCUCAGGACAGACCACUUUCUGUUUAAAGCCACCCACUUUUCAAGUGAGCAAAAGUAUUGGAAGAGAUAUUAUUAAAUUACUCAUUUAAAGUGAAUGUUUAAUAUUUGGUGGCAGAACCCUUAUUUGCAAUAACUGUGUCAUGACUUCAACAGACUGCAUUCUUCGUUUGAAAUGCUUUUCUACGCCGUUACUGCAGCCUCUUUCAGUUCUUUUGUUUUUUGGGGGGGUUCAGGUGGUAAAAUGCAUGCUCUAUUUGGUUACGGUCCAGUGGUUGACUUGGCCAGUCUAAGACCUUCCACGUUUUCCUCCUGAUGAAGUCCUUUGUUGUGUUGUCAGUGUGUUUUGGGUCAUUGUCUUGUUGCAUGAUGAAGCUUCUCCCGAUUAGUUUGGAUGCCAUGACAUUACCUCCACCAUGCUUCACAGAUGAGCUUGUGUGUUUUAGAUCAUAAGCAGAUCCUUUCUUUCUCUAUACUAUGGCCUUUCCAUCACUUUGAGAGUUUAAUCUUGGUCUCAUCAGUCCAUAAAAUUUGGUUCCAAAACUUUUGUGAGUCAUCUCUGUACUUUGCAAAAUGCAAUUUGGCCUUCCGAUUCUUUUUGCUGAUGAGUGGUUUGCAUCCUGUGGUAUGGCCUGUAUUUCUUCUGUCUUCUUCAAAUGGUGGAUUGUGAUACCUUCACCCCUGCCCUGUAGAGGUUGGCAGUGAUGUCACUGACUGUUGUCUUCUGGGGUUUCUUCACAGCUGUCACAAUGUUUCUGUCAUCAACUGCUGUUGAUACCCUUGGCCGACCCGUUUGAUGUCUGUUGCUCAGUAGUUUCUUUCUUUUUCAGGACAUUCCAAAUUGUUGUAUUGGCUAUGCCUGAUGUUUGUGCAAUAGUUCUGAUUGAUUUUCCCUCCUCCCUCAGCUUCAUAAUGGUUUGCUUUUCUCCCAUAGACAGCCCUGUGGUCUUCAUGUUUGCUUAACAGCAAAUGCAGUUUUACAAGUGAAACCCAAGGCAAAAAACAAGUUAUCUAAUGUUUAAGGAAUCAAUAUAAAAGGCAACACCUGAGCAACUGGAAACACCCAUCAGUCACAUGUUCCAAUACCUUUGCUCUCUUGAAAAGUGGGUAGAUUUAAACCAAAGGUGCUCUGUGCUGAGUUGUUUAACACAUCUAGAUGUAAAGACCAUGAAAUAAAAGCUGGAAUACUGAACUUUUGUCUCGUAUUCAUCUUUUGAUCUGAAACCCAAAUGUCUUCAGUAUACAACAAAAACAAAGGAAUUGAUCUUGCUGUUCCAAUACUUUUAGAUGGGACUGUGUGUGUGUGUGUGUGUGUGUGUGUGUGUGUGUGUGUGUGUGUGUGUGUGUGUGUGUGUGUAUAUAUAUAUAUAUAUAUAUAUAUGUGUGUGUGUGUGUAUAUAUAUAUAUAUAUAUAUAUAUAUGUGUGUGUGUGUGUGUGUGUGUGUGUGUAUAUAUAUAUAUAUAUAUAUAUAUACACGUGUGUGUGUGUGUAUAUAUAUGUGUGUGUGUGUGUAUAUUAUCAGUUUCCCAAGAUUCGAUCAAAAAAAAAUAAAAAAUCUGGUCAAAUGCUUAUGCUUGGAUUUAACUUUCUUUAUGGAGUGCUGCAAGGUUCUAAUGUAGGUCCACUAUUUCUUCUUUCGUUACAAAUAUUUGAAGAAAAAAAACAAUUCAAUUAAUCAUUUAUUUUCCUAGUUGAUCGAGAAAAUGUCAAAUGCUCAUCCCGAGUCAAUUGGUAAAUUUUCACUUGUUGGUGACAAAUGCCAUUUUGUGGUUUCAGACGCUAGUGCGAACUAGCUUGUCGACCGGCUUUGCUUCAACGCUUCAUUUUGCUAACGUUGGAGAUUCCUGGUAGAUCGGUACAUUAGUUGACCCGCUAUGCUGUUGUUUGUUCUGUUCAUUUUUGUUGUUGUUUUUUUUUGUUUUUUUACGUUGACAGAUGAAGCGUGGGUGCACCAGUAUACCUCAUUUCUAACUCAAAACUGGGUGAAACCUGCUUUAACCUACUUAAUAAGAAAAUGUUUUAAAAAACAUGAACGUGUCGUCGGAGAAGCCUGCUCAUUCAUGAUUUGAAACGUCCUCCACGAAAGGUGCACACCAGUACUCACGAAUGUUUUGCUUUAACAAUGUUUCUUGCACACCUUUCCUUCAUUGUAUUACUAGCCCUUUUUAAGUUUGACAAUCCCGCUUAUGUUGUAACUCUAACCUGGUGUGUAUGCUUUAUAACUCCCCUCCAUCCCCCUUUGCAAGGUGGCGACAUCCCAUGAUAACAACAUUAACCAAAGACUAAUAACUGAUUGUACACGAAUGUGGCCCACCCUCCUGCCUCAGCGCUCAUCACUUGAGCACUCGUUUUUGGGGUUCAUUAGCUUUGACUGCAUACAAAUGUCUGCCAUCUGCCCUGGUUGGUGCUGUGGUUUUCAGUGCCUGUGGGUGGGCUGGGGUAGCGAGGUGGAGGAGGGGCGUGGUUGAGAGGGCUUCUUUGACGGACACUUGUUUGUGGUGGUAGCUGGGAGAUGUUUGUUAAUACACACUGAGGGUUAAUCCUGUGCACACUGUACAUGCUCAGGACUCCAUAUCUGUCUGUCUGUCUUGAGCGCUGUUGCUAGAAUCCCCGUUUCACCAGCUCUCCUUAUCUCAAAGACUGGUUAGAAUAUAUAUUUUUUUUUCCUUAAAAGUGUUCGUCCCAGGAUAUAGGCCUACAAUCCUGAAGUGAAGCAUCUCACCCCACUAGAUUUCAUUGCUGUAAACACACAUCACACUUGGCCCUCCUACCCAUCCUCCCUCCCUCACUCACUACAGACUGAUCAACUGUGACACUAUGCAUCCCCUGGUGGGGCAUUUGGUGACACUUUGCUCAACGCUUUACUCCGAAGUGAGGUGCCGGGAAUUCUCACGAGCGCUAUCUAUCCCAAAGCAAAACUCCAAAUAUUUUAAACUUUUUUUUGUGUGUGUGUGUGUGAACAAAUUGCAGAUACCAAAGAUAUCUCUUGUCAACUGUCUCUUCCUAAUGGCCCUGCAGCAUGUGUAUUAAGAGACAAACCCAGCACUGGCUUUGAGUCCAAGCCUCAGUAAUUCCAAAGUUUAGAUGUAUAUUUUGAUAUAUUUCUGACAAGAAAAAAAAAAAAGUGCGCUGAAUAAUAGUCUUUCCUCUUUGUCAUUUUUAUUUCUCUCUGUCGCAGCAUGGAACUAAUUGCAGAACUGUCUUACUAGCUUGAAGACAUAGUAUUUUUGUAUGUUUUUGGAUGUGUUGUGUGAUAUCAGCCCAGGUGACCAUGGCUUUUAUCGAGAUAAAAUACAGUGGAAAAUGAUUAGAGAAAAAAAGCAAACGUGUAUAUAUUGUGUGUAUCUUCUGAAAGGCGUUGUGUAAAACUACUCACAGUGGACACUUGGGCUAAUCUAAAGGAAUGUUCCCACCUCCCCUUUUGUUUUUGACUCUGCAGUCUAAUCUUUCUAACAGAACUCUUAAUCUAAAGAGUUACUAUCUAGGACUUAAAACACUGAGGGACACUUCCGAAAAAUGAAAAUACUAAAAAAAAAUUUUUUUAAAACGCCUCCAGUCAUGGCGGCAUAGAACUGAAAGACUGUAGGAGUUUUAAGUAUGUGAAUCAGGAUACAUAGUAGAUUUUGAUGCAUUUGUCUGCUGUAUUUUUUGUUUUUAUACACGUAUACAAAAUAAUCUUUUACUGUAAGUGUACAGUUCUUUUUGUUGUAAACAUCAUUAAACAAUUUUCAAGUGUUUUGA